UAGUUUGUUCAACAGAGGAGAGCAUCUUUACCAAACACUGCUAAUACACGAUCUUUGUCGGACGUGAAGCGUCGUGUGCCAGCCAGCGCUGAGCGAAGUUCCAAUAGAGCCGAGGUGGCACGAUGGGGAAGAAACAGAAGAAAGCCGGCGAAGACAGUGCCAAAGAUGACGGCGUGGACAUCGACGCUUUGGCGGCAGAAAUCGAGGGAGCCGGAGCUGCGAAGGAGCAGAAAGGGAAGAAGAAGAAGAAAGCGGCCAAGAAGGACGACUUUGACGAGGACGACAUCCUGAAGGAGCUGGAGGAGCUCUCUUUGGAAACGCACGGAGGAAAGAAAACCGACGCCACAGAAGAGGUGGAGGUGGAGCCUCCCAGACCAGAGAAGAAGAAAACCAGGAAGGGCAAGAAGGGAGGAGGCAGCCCCGAGGAUGAGGAGGCUGAUGAAGCCAACGAGGAGAAGAACGAGGAGGACAAAAAGGCUCCUCCUACCGCUCCUCCAGACGACUCAGACGACGACAGCAGCUCCCGCCUCAAGACGAAAGGAGCAAAGAAAGGAGCCAAGAAAGCCUCGGUGUCCGACGAGGAGGACCACGCCGAGGACCGGGACGCCAAGAAAGGAGCUCCGAAGGAGGACGAGUCCGAGGAGGACGAGGAGUUCGCCUCCAAAAGGGACAAGAAGAAGAAGAACAAAGGGAAGGCGGCAAAGGCCGACAGCGAGGACGAGGAGGAGCAGGACGAGGAGGCGGGGGGCUUCAAGAUGAAGACGGCGGCGCAGAAGAAGGCGGAGAAGAAAGAGAGGGACAAGAAAAAGAAGGAGGAGGAGAGGAUGAAGCUGAAGAAGCAGAAGGAGAAAGACGUGGAGGCCAAAAAGGAGCCGGAGAAGAAGCCCGCGGAGGCCACGCCUCCUCAGGCGACAGCGGAAGCUGUGGCAGAGGAGGCGGAGGGGGCGGAGCCAGGAGCAGAAGAUGAGGGCGAGGGAGAGAAGAAAAAGAAGGACAAGAAGAAGAAGAAGGGAGAAAAGGAGGAGGAGAAGAAGAAGAAGGGGCCCAGCAAGGCCACGGUGAAGGCCAUGCAGGAGCAUCUGGCCAAGAUGAAGGAGGAGGAGGAGCGCCUGAAAAGAGAGGAAGAGGAGCGGCAGAAGAGGCUGGAGGAGCUGGAGAGGCAACGGCAGGAGCAGGAGCGCCUGGAGCAGGAGAGGAAAGAGAAGAAGAAGCAGAAGGAGAAGGAGAGGAAGGAGCGGCUGAAGAAGGAGGGCAAGCUGCUGACCAAGUCCCAGAAGGAGGCCAAGCUGCGGGCGGAGGCCAUGCUGUCCAUGCUGCAGGCUCAGGGUGUGGAAGUGCCAUCCAAAGACACGGUGCCGAAGAAGAAACCCGUCUACGGAGACAAGAGGAGGAAGAAGCCCAACACCCAGAUUUCUCCUGAAGAGACAUCCGCCGUGACGUCACCAACAUCGGAGACCCCAGAGCCCAUCGCUAUGGAAACGGAGGCCGAGACGCCGGCUCCACAGCCAGAGGCGAAGCCUGAACCCGUCGUAGACAACUGGGAGAAAUUCGCCAGCGACGAAGAAAAAGACUUAAAGAAGGUCCACAUAGAGGUGAAGGAGGAGACGACUGCACCUCCUCAGCCUGCUGCCAGCGAGGAGGAGGAGGACGACGAAGAGGAGGAUGAGGAGGACAACGAGGAGGAGGAGAGCGAAGACGACGUGGAGGUGGAGAAAGAGGCGGCGCCGGCCAGUCAGGGGAAGAAGAAGGCGGUCAGCGAGGACGAGAGCAGCGAGAGCGAGGAGGACGACGGCAGGACGAAGGAGGAGCGCCUCUACGACCGAGCCAAAAGGAGGAUCGAGAAACGAAGAGCCGAGAACUUGAAGAACACCGACCCGGAGCGUCUGAGAGCGCCGGUGGUUUGCGUGCUCGGACACGUGGACACGGGAAAGACCAAGAUCCUCGACAAGCUUCGACACACCCACGUUCAGGACGGUGAAGCCGGAGGAAUCACUCAGCAGAUCGGAGCCACAAACGUGCCAAAGGAAACAAUAGAGGAACAAACAAAGAUGGUUAAAAAUUUUGACAGAGAAAGCAUCAGGAUUCCCGGCAUGCUAAUCAUAGACACACCUGGACACGAAUCCUUCAGUAACCUGAGGAACAGAGGGAGCUCUCUUUGUGACAUCGCCAUCCUGGUGGUGGACAUCAUGCACGGCCUGGAGCCUCAGACGCUGGAGUCCAUCAACCUGCUGAAGGAGAAGAAGUGUCCCUUCAUCGUCGCUCUCAACAAGAUCGACCGGUUGUACGACUGGAAGAAGAGUCCGGAAACAGACGUGGUGGCCACGCUGAAGAAGCAGAAGAAGAACACCAAGGACGAGUUUGACGAGAGAACCAAGGCCAUCAUCGUGGAGUUUGCUCAGCAGGGUCUCAACGCCGCCUUGUUCUACGAGAACAAGGACCACCGGACGUUCGUGUCGCUGGUUCCCACCUCGGCCCACAGCGGCGACGGGAUGGGAAACCUCAUCGCGCUGCUGGUGGAGCUCACGCAGACCAUGCUAGCACGCCGGCUAGCGCACUGCGACGAGCUGCGUGCUCAAGUCAUGGAGGUGAAAGCUCUGCCCGGCAUGGGGACCACCAUCGACGUCAUCCUGAUCAACGGCUGUCUGCGGGAGGGAGAGACCAUCAUCGUUCCGGGGGUGGACGGGCCCAUCGUCACACAGAUCCGAGGCUUACUGCUGCCUCCCCCUCUGAAGGAGCUCAGAGUGAAGAGCCAGUACGAGAAGCACAAGGAGGUGUCCACGUCUCAGGGAGUGAAGAUUCUGGGUAAAGACCUGGAGAAGACGCUGGCGGGGCUCCCCCUGCUGGUGGCGCACAAAGAAGAUGAAGUCCCCGUCCUCAGAGAUGAACUCGUGCGGGAGCUCAAACAGACCCUGAGCUCCAUCAAGCUGGAGGAGAAGGGCGUUUACGUCCAGGCGUCCACGCUGGGGUCACUGGAGGCUCUGCUGGAGUUCCUACGGACGUCUAAAGUUCCUUAUGCUGGCAUCAACAUCGGCCCCGUCCAUAAAAAGGAUGUGAUGAAGGCGUCCGCCAUGUUGGAGCACGACCCGCAGUACGCCGUGAUUCUGGCGUUUGACGUGAAGGUGGAGAGGGAGAGCCAGGAGAUGGCGGACAGCCUGGGAGUGCGCAUCUUCGCAGCCGAAAUCAUCUACCACCUGUUCGACGCUUUCACUAAAUACAGAGAAGAGUACAAGAAGGCCAAGCAGGACGAGUUCAAGAACAUCGCCGUGUUUCCAGCCAAGCUGCGAGUUCUUCCCCAGUUUAUCUUCAACUCCAGAGAUCCCAUCGUGAUGGGCGUGUCUGUGGAGGCCGGAGUCCUCAAGCAGGGGACGCCUCUCUGUGUUCCCAGCAAAGGGUUCGUGGAAAUCGGCAUCGUCACCAGCAUCGAGGUGAACCACAAAUCCGUGGACACGGCCAAGAAAGGCCAGGAGAUCUGUGUCAAGAUUGAGCCCAUACCCGGAGAGUCACCCAAGAUGUACGGACGCCACUUUGAGGCCACAGACAUCAUCGUCAGCAAGAUCACUCGGGCGUCCAUCGAUGCUCUGAAGAACUGGUUCAGAGACGAAAUGCAGAAGUCGGACUGGCAGCUCAUCAUGGAGCUGAAAAAGACCUUUGAGAUUAUCUGAAGGAGCAGAUCUUCAAAGAGCGACAGAGACGGACACAGUCGUCCUCCCUCGGACCGAGAGGCAGCAACAGAGGGACAAAAAAAAAAAAAAAAGGAAUCAAAACAAGAGGAAGUGUUUUUCUGUGAGAAACGAAGCGUUUUUCCCACUGUUGUAAACAGUGAUAGUUUAGACACAUUUCUCUCUCUCACACCCACACACUCAGUAUUCCAACGUGCCUGUUCUUCAGCAUCAACGUUGUCGUUUUUUUUUUUCUUUUUCUUCUUCUUUUCUUGGUUCCUGUUGUGAUUCGUGGAUGCUGCUUUUAGGCUCCGCCCCCUCCCUCCCCACAGAAAGCGGCGUCAGACCCCAAAGAAGGAACUGAGGUUUUCAGUUUGGUCUCUUUAAGCGCCGACAGCGUUGACUUGAGUCGCCGUACCGCUGACCUCGCUCUGCUGCUUGGCGGCGGGGGAGGGGAUGAAUGACAGGAGAUUUUAAACAGGUUUUUGCUGCAACUGCUGAUGUAAUAAAGUCUCAUGAUUCUAA